UCCUCCCCCCGCACCCUUCCUUCCUUCUCUCCUCUCCUCUCUCUCUCUGCGCGCGUGUUAGCUACGGCGAGAUUCCCUCCGAUCGCCGCCGCGGCCGCGGUGUGGGGCGGGUGGACGGGUGCUUGUUUGAUGGUGGCUCCCCGUGCCGUCGACUUCCUCCGGCGUGUUGGCGAGGAAAUUCAUCGCAGCUCCGAGUCUCGCUGCUUUCCCCGGUGUCGUCUCUAGGCUUCGGAUCUGAGGGGAGGGGAGGGUGCGCGCCCGCGCGAUGCCCGGGGAGCAGGCCGGGGACUCGCCCGCGGCGGCGGCCGGCGACUCGCAGAGGUCGCUCCCGACGCCGUUCCUCACCAAGACUUACCAGCUCGUGGACGAUCCGGUGGUGGACGAAUUGAUCUCGUGGAACGAGGACGGGACGACGUUCAUCGUGUGGCGGCCGGCGGAAUUCGCCAGGGAUUUGCUCCCCAAGUAUUUCAAGCACAACAACUUCUCCAGCUUCGUCCGUCAGCUGAACACUUACGGAUUCAGAAAGGUGGUGCCGGAUCGGUGGGAGUUCGCCAAUGAUUGCUUCCGGAAAGGCGAGAAGGCCCUCCUCCGCGACAUCCAACGCAGGAAGAUCUCCCCGACGGCUGCGGCCGCCGUGACGGUCGCCGCCGUGCCGGAGGUGGGGCGGGCCGUGUCUCCGGCGAACUCCGGCGACGAGCAGGUGAUCUCGUCGAGUUCCCCGCCGGUGGCCCUCGCGGCAGCCGCGGUCGCCGCCGCCGCCUCGCCGUCCGUGGUGCACCGCUCGCCGAGCUGCACGACCGCGCCGGAGCUCCUGGAGGAGAACGAGAGGCUGAAGAAGGAGAACACGCAGAUGAGCCAGGAGCUGUCCCAGCUGAGAGGGUUGUGCAACAACAUACUGUCGCUGAUGGCGAACUACGUCUCCCGCCACUCCGACUCCGCCUCCGCCGCCCCCGAGGGGCAGGCUCUGGAGCUGAUGCCGGCGAGGCAGGCCGAGACGGGGGAGGACGGUGCAGGCCCGGCGGCGGCGGCGGCGGAGGAGGACGAGGAGGAGGAGGAGGAGGGCGCGACGGUUGCUCCGCGGCUGUUCGGGGUCUCGAUCGGGGGCAAACGGCGGAGAGUCGAGGAGAAAAACAACAGCAACAUCAACGGCAACCACAGCGGAGAAGAAGAGAUGCGAGAAGCGGAUGAUCAGACGGUGCAAUCACCACCCGAUGAGCGUGAGCCUGGGGCGGAGGUGAAAUCAGAGCCGUCCGAUGGGAGCAAAGAUCAUCACGGGGAAGACCCGCCGUGGCUCGACCUCGGAAAAUGACAAGCUCUCUCGCCGCGCGACGUCCGUCGGACAAAAAGCGAUGGACAUCAGAGCACGGCUUGGCUUCACCGCUUGGGGAGCGUGGCGCGGCACGCGCGUCGCUCGUGAGAGUCGGGGGCUCCUCCGCUGUACUUUGUGCACGGGAGAAAAACCUCGAAACGGAACUCGCUCGGCAAAACGCAAAAGUCAAAACCAAAUCCGCGGGCGAAGAGAAUGUGAAAAGGGCAAAAUAAUAAUUGCUUCGCGGGACGAAGGAAGCUGAGGUCUGCGCACGUGCGAGGCGUGCGAUCUUGUCCCUAAAUUAGAAUGGAAUUGGGGUGUAAUUGUUGACGCUGAUCGGGAGAACCAAGGAUGUAUGAAAGCUUUUAAGUGAAUAGGGUUCCUUCGUUUGGGCACGAAACGGUGUCCUUGAUGUAUCUAUCGAUAUCGAUUCUUGGCUUAAAUGUAUCUAUCGAUAUCGAUUUUUGACUCGAUUUGAGUCUAUACGCGCACCUGAUUAACUAAGAAUGGCUGAAUCGUAAGCGGGUUUUACUAUCGGUAGUAGUACGACAGAAUCCGGCGAUCGGAUAAGAAUCUAGGGAUUCAAUCCAAUGGUCGACGUGCUAUACUUUUUUUUACUUUUUACUAAUGGAUGGUGUGUUUUUAGUAUCCGGUGUGGAUUGAAAUGGCAAGCUUAUGUCUUUCACUUUUUA